GCAACCUGUCGGUGCGCGGGACUUUUCAGCAUAUGAUUCUGACUUUAUCGAGAUUUUAAACACUUUUUCUACUUGCUAAUUAUUUUUUACUUUCACUUAUUGAGGUUUCCCCAGCGGCUGCUUGUGUUUUCAGCUGAGGCUUUCGGUGUUAACACCCGUUUGAGUCUCAUUUUGUCUGAACACGUCGCCUCUUCUCCUCCAACGUCUGUUUGUACUGUCACCAGCUAAGCUAACAUAUGGUUCUCGCCGGAUUAUUUUUCUGUUUCUUCACCGGUUGAAGCUCAGUUAUAUCAGGGUUGGUUCAGAUCGGGAUGGCAGGGUUGUUGGAGCUCCCGGGGUAUGAUGGAGAAAAGCUGCGGAGAGUGUCGGAGCAGCUGCCCUGUCGGGAGGUCCAGGCUGGGAUGCUGCUUUCUCUCAUGGGGGAGCCGCAGCAGUUCUGCUACCCCUCACUCUUCAUCUACGGUCAUCGAGCAUCAGGAAAAAGCCAUGUAGUGAAAGUUUUAAUGAAGGAACUGGAGCUCCCUCAUGUCACUGUCAGCUGUGUGGAAUGCGUCUCUGUCGCGCUGCUCUUUGAACAAGUGCUGCUGUCUUUCUUCGGUUGCGACGCUGCAUCGCUGCUCCCCCGCAGUCCUUCCCUCUCUGACUUUGUUCGCAUUUACAAACAGCAAACCUCCGAGUUUCCCAGCAAGCAGACGCGAUACAUUGUAAUAGAGCAAGCUGAACUUCUGAGAGACGCCAGCGUCAAUCUUCUCCCCGCUCUCCUCCGCCUUCAGGAGCUGGUAGAGGACAACGUCAGCGUCAUCCUGCUGAGCGAAAUUGUUUGGGACAAGUUCAGACCAAACACUGGCUGCUUCGAGCCUCUGCUGCUCCACUUCCCCGACUACAGUAAAGCUGAGCUGCUGCACAUCUUAUCUGCACACAGACAUCCUUCAUGUUCUGCAGAGUUUUACUCCUCCUACAUCAACAUCCUGCUGGGAGUUUUCUACGCCGUCUGCCGGGACCUCAGAGAGCUGCAACACCUGGCGGCGCUCAACUUCCCAAAGUUCUGUGAACCUGUCUUAGCGGGGAAAGUAAAAGAGACAGAAACACACAAGUUGUGGAAAAACAUCGAGCCUCAUCUGAAGAAAGCCAUGCAGACGGUUUACCUUCGAGAGAUUUCCAGUCUUCAGUGGGAGCAAAUGGAUGAACACGAGACCGGAGCCCUGAGAGGUUUAUCAGCUCACACUCAUGUUGAGCUUCCAUAUUAUUCCAAGUUUCUGCUAAUCGCCGCCUAUCUGGCCUCCUACAAUCCCGCCCGCACAGAUAAACGCUUCUUUGUGAAGCAUCACGGAAAAAUUAAAAAAACAAACUUCUUGAAGAAAAAUGAAAAGACCAGUAACCACCUUCUGGGGCCGAAGCCUUUCCCUCUGGACCGCUUGCUGGCCAUUUUCUACAGCGUGGUGGACAGCCGGGUCGCUCCGAGCGCCAGCAUCUUCUCCCAGAUCUCGUCUCUGGUGACGCUGCAGCUGCUGACUCUGGUCAGUCACGACGACCAGCUCGAUUCUCCAAAGUACAAAUGUGCCGUUUCCCUGGACUUCAUCUCUGCCAUCUCCAGGACGGUGAACUUUGAUAUUGUGAAGUAUCUGUAUGAUUUCCUGUGAGGCUGCGGCGCGUGAAGGAGAGACGACACGCAGUGACAGUAAGAUAAAGACAGAUUUAUUUCUGCAGACGAGUGUUUGGCUGACUCUGCUGUUGGCUGGAAAUGCUGUGAACGUUUCGCUGCCACCUUGUGGCUAAUCGCUGACCUCUGUUGAAUUUUAUUUGUGCAAAAUAAAUAAACAUAAUGCUGCAGUAGUUUUAACUCACUUUCUC